CUGCUUGAGAUGGUCGUCGUCGAGCUCGUCCACAGACCGGGGCAGACGGUCGAUGGCCUGUGCCAGGGCCUUGAUCCAGAGGAGCGAUUCCUCUUCGCGGUGGUUCAUGGUGGUCUUGAUCGGCAACCAGUUCGGCAACCAGUUCGACAGCCAGUUUGCCGCCCGGCCGGCCUUCUCGGUUCCGCCAAGCGAGAACAAGCCCGUCCCGUUCAGCCGCCGCUCUCCACCCUGGACAUCCGCCAUCUCUGGCUCCAUCUGCCCUCUGUCGUUAUCAUCCGGAGCGUUUGUUCGUGUCGCCUCAUCGUCGGUUCAACCCAAAAUGCCCCGAUAUCAACCUCUGUCGCUCGAUCCGUCGGCUCCCAGCAGCUUCCAUCGUCCCACCCCGCCCGUCCGCCAGCACAACUCGCCGUUCUACUGCACCUGCUGCAUCCCGCUCCUGCAGCAGCUCGGCUCGUUCUUCCCGUUUCCGUCCAGAAAGGAGCUUGCUGGUUACGCCGCUGGAGCCCUGUUUGCCUUUGGAUGGUGGGCAUUCAUCGACGGCGUCGUCUAUGCAUCCACACGCGAACCCUCGCUCCCGAAUGAAAUCCGAUUCGAGGACUAUGUCCCCGGCAUCCUGUCGACACUCUCGCUGAUCAUUGUGAAUCUGAUCGACAGCUCAGCACUCAAUGGCGACGAGUUUUCCUUUGGCAACUCAAACAGCGCUUACAAGGCCCGCCUGUGCGCCUUCAUGGGCAUCGCAAUGGCCCUGGGCGCUCUCGGUGGAGCCGUGGGCAUCACGGUUGUCAAGUACGUCCUGACGGGCAUGGAAGGCGAUGCCUUCUACUUUGGCUACUCGGUCAUUGUUCAAAACGUCUUGAUCUUUGCCAGCUCUAUGGUCCUGUGGUUCGGCCGAAACAGUGCCGAGGAGGAGUCGAUUGCGCUGUACUGAUGGCCUGCAGCCUCAUAUCCACCGCUUGCGGUCGGCUGUCCGCUACUGCUGCCGUUCCUGCUGCUUCCGUAGUGCGUAGCAGUAUCCUGGCGAGUGCACAGCCUGUUUUUUGUGUGUGCGAAUACCGCUCCCUUUCCAAAGAAGCACUUGGGAUUCAAUAUAUAUUUGCUUAUUCUGCAAGCGCACUAU